AUGGCUUCCAGCUCACAUCAGAAUGAUGGCAAUGGUUACGAAAAAUCUUUCGAUGAAUGCAUUGAUGGAAUAAAGAAUAUCAAACUACCAAAAUCUGCUAGUAACAGUGCCCCUCCACAUAGCAAUCAACGACAAACUAACAACACCAGGAGAACACCUAAUUACAGCCGAAAUUUUAAUUCACAAGAUAGUAAAAACUAUCAUCAUAGUAGUUACCGAAAUAAUGAUUCUUCAAGUCGAAGCCAUCGUGGCGAACAAAACUUUAGUCGCAAUCAAAAUUUCAAUUCAAAUGCUUUCAAUAAUGGAUCUAGGCAAAAUCGUGGCAACAAAUGCUUAAGUAACCGAAGAUCACAUAAUGAAAAAGUAAAAGCGUGGAAAUUGUUUAGAUUGCGUGGUUCCUGCUCAGAUGACCAAAUAGUAGAAUUUAGAAAGCAUUUAGAUGCUUGUUAUGGUACUGACGGUGAUGAAAUAAUAUAUUAUACUCCUUAUAUUUCGCAAUUUCAAAAUGAUGACAGGAAAGAAAUCCGAGAAUUUUCCGCUAUAUUCCAGCAAUGGAUUGAUAAUGUUAUGACUGAGUGCAUCGAUCCUUCAGAUAUGGACCAAAUGUUCAUCAAAGUUUGUUACGGUUGUUUCUAUAUAACAAAUCUAGAACCAUAUGUUGAUCGAAUGUCACAUCAACAAUUGAAACAGCAUCUGAAUUGGAUGUCACCUUCAGCUAACAGUAGUAAUCCUAAAAGAAAGCGAAUAUGUCGUAUUAAAACUGCUUUCUUUCCCAUCUACAAUAAGUAUCCAUGUAAAUAUGACAGCCUAGAUAAAAGCUCAUCCUUGGUUUUAGAUGAAGAAUGGGAAACAUUUAGAAUCUCGUUUGUCACUCAAGACAGCAAAAUUCGUAGUUAUAUAGACUAUGAUAGCCAAAUGAAUCUAAUAAGUAGCAAGGAAGACAUAGCUUAUUUAAAACUGGAUAUCAAAGAUCCUACUGGAGGAAAUGAUGUUCGAAUUUCGAUCGCGAAAAAUAAUUCUGAAUGCACGGAAGCACUUCUUGCCCAAAGGCUAAAUACUAUAACUGAUGAAUCUCCACUUAUAAAACUAGAAGAAACAAGUGGUGCUGUAAUAGUAGAGAAAGCCUGUACUAAGAGAAUAAGCAAUGUUAGGCAUAAGAAAAUAAAGACCUUAAAGUUUGCCGCUAAUGCGGAGCUAUGGGAUGAGUUGCGAAUGGCCACAGUCAUCAAUGUUUCGAAAAUUGCGGAAUACCUGCAAUUAGAUCGCAAAACAGGUAAAUUUAACGAAAUUCAUGAAAAAUUAGAAGUUAAUUUGGGAAUCCAACUAAGCUCAAUAUUCAGACGUGAAUACUGUCAGUUGCUAGCUCAAAAUUUACAUAGUAUAAUCUAUACUAUUUUACCGGCUUACCUGCGUGAUAAUUAA